CCUUGGGGGUGGGGGGGUGGGGGAGGACAUACUAUUGCCAAGCCGGCGACGAGAUUGGGCCUGUGGUGCCUGCAACCCAGCAAAACAUGGAGCUCGAAAAUAUCGUGGCCAACACCGUCCUGUUGAAAGCAAGAGAAGGAGGUGGUGGAAACAGAAAAGGAAAAAGCAAGAAAUGGAAACAGAUGCUUCAGUUUCCCCACAUCAGCCUGUGUGAGGAGCUCCGGGAAACUACAGAGAAAGACUACAUCAGCCUUUGUGAGCGGCAGCCAAUCGGACGCACGCUCUUUCGGCAGUUCUGUGAAACCCGGGCUGAGCUGAGACGUUGUGUCAAAUUUCUGGACGCUGUGGCAGAGUAUGAGGUCAGUCCAGAUGAGAAGAGGAGGGAGUGUGCUCAGGAGCUCCUAGACAAGUACUUCAGCCCAAAGUCAGAGGAUCACAUUCCUGAGUUGGGGGAGGACAUGGUGGGUCAGUUUACAGAGAGGCUGGAGCAGGAGCCCUGUAAAGAACUCUUCAAUGAGUGCACCAGACUGAUCCAUGACUACCUGAGUGUGGCUCCCUUCGCAGACUACAUCGACAGCAUGUACUAUAACCGAUUCCUGCAGUGGAAGUGGCUGGAGAGGCAGCCAGUCACUAAGAACACAUUCCGACAGUACAGGGUAUUAGGGAAGGGAGGCUUCGGUGAGGUGUGUGCGUGCCAGGUGCGUGCCACAGGGAAGAUGUACGCAUGUAAGAAGUUGGAGAAGAAGAGGAUCAAGAAGAGGAAAGGGGAGUCCAUGGCCUUGAAUGAGAAGCAGAUUCUAGAGAAAGUCAACAGUAGGUUUGUAGUGAGUCUAGCGUACGCGUAUGAGACAAAGGACGCUCUGUGUCUAGUGCUGACUCUGAUGAACGGGGGAGACCUCAAGUUCCACAUCUAUCACAUGGGAGAGGCCGGCUUCGAGGAGAAGAGGGCUGUGUUCUACUCUGCAGAGCUGGCCUGUGGCCUGGAGGACCUGCACAGAGAGAGGAUCGUCUACAGGGACCUGAAGCCUGAAAACAUACUAUUGGAUGACCAUGGUCAUAUCCGGAUAUCAGACCUGGGCUUGGCAGUCCACGUUCCCGAGGAAGAGACCAUCAAGGGUCGGGUGGGCACUGUAGGGUACAUGGCUCCAGAGGUGGUGAAGAAUGAGCGCUACACAUUCAGCCCAGACUGGUGGGCGCUGGGCUGUCUGCUGUAUGAGAUGAUCGAGGGCCAGUCUCCCUUCCAGCAGCGCAAGAAGAAGAUCAAACGUGAGGACGUGGAGAGGCUGGUCAGAGACGUGGAGGAGGAGUACUCAGACAAGUUCUCAGAGGACGCCAAGUCCCUCUGCAAAAUGCUGCUGGCUAAAGAGCCCAGUGAGAGGCUGGGCUGCCAGGGGGAGGGGGCUACGGAGGUGAAGGCCCACCCCAUCUUCCGAUCCAUCAACUUCAAGAGGCUGAAAGCUGGCAGGCUGAAGGCCCCCUUCACCCCUGAUCCCCAGGCCAUUUACUGUAAGGACGUGCUGGACAUUGAGCAGUUCUCCACGGUCAAGGGGGUGGAGUUGGAGCCCAAAGAUGACUCAUUCUACUGUAAAGUGUCCACAGGCAGCGUGUCCAUCCCCUGGCAAAUGGAGAUGAUUGAGUCCGAGUGCUUUCAGGAGCUCAACGUGUUUCAUACGGAUGGGACAGUUCCCCCGGACCUGGACUGGAGAGGACAGCCCUCGCCUGCUCCUAAACAGGGGCUGCUACAGAGGCUUUUUGGGAGACAGGACUGCUGUGGAAACUGCAGCGACAGUGAUGAGGAGCCCACCAGGCUGUGACUGAGCUCCCUCAUCCCAGCCUCACCGAGGAUCUCAUUUGUUUACAAAUUUUGCACAUUUGUAUUUUUAAGAUAGUUCUAUAUAAAUAUUGGCAUGUAUCUUUUCAGUAUAUAGCCAUAAAGUCCAUGUUAUUUAAAAGUAAUCAUGAUUCAGAAUCCGUCCACAUUUUCAUGCAUGGCAACAACAGCUGUGACCAUACUGUCACCCCCACAUCUCAUUUGUUGAUGUUCUCAGCCUCUUUUCUUUUUCUUUCUCCUUUUCUUUGUCUUAUAAAAAGUGUCGACUGGGCUCAGAUUGCGAACCAUUUCUAUUUUAUUUGAAAUGUAUAUUCAAAAUAUAUAUUAUUAAUAUGUACUUCGUGCAAUUCUAGACAAUCAAAUUAGGAUAUUUGUGUGAAGCGUAGGCUUAAAAGGAAAUUGAAGACUGAACUCUUAGUAUGAGGUGAUAUGUACAUUUUAGGGUUCUAUCUAGAGACAUUUGAUGUAAGCCAAAUAGAUAUGACUGAACGAUGCAUAUGUAAGUGCACAAGUGCAAAGAAGUGUACCAUAUAUGUGACCUCUAAAGUCCUAAAUGCGUCUUCCUAAGAAUCUGAGUUUAGGGGAAAAGCAUGUUAGUUCCCAACCACAUUAGAGAAGGGUCUUUUCUAAAAACGCCCUGCGUUAUAGUACAGUAAUAGUACAGUAAUUCAAUUGCCAAAAGGGACCUUUUCGUUACACGUGGAUAGCCGAGAAUGGCCUUGGAGUUUCCUCUACCAUGGCAUCCUCUAGAUUGCUACACUUUUGUCACAGAGCUCCUGAGUUUAAUUUAGCGGUGCACUUAUGACCAAACUGGUUUGUUUUAAUCCUCAAAAUAUUUGAAUAAUUAAGUCCUUCCCAUUUAAGGUGCUUCAGACCAUGCUGCCUCUCUCUCUCUCUCUCUCUCUCUCUCUCUCUCUCUCUCUCUCUCUCUCUCUCUCUCUCUCUCUCUCUCUCUCUCUCUCUCUCUCUCUCCUGUCUCCUCUGCCGCUGUUGUACCUCAUGUGUUUCUUUGCCAUGCUGAUGUGUGUCUGUGCAUUAUGUCACUCAGUGGGAUUCUCCUUGUGGAUGUGGGACUAUAAUAGGACUGAGCUCCCUGACAGACUAUGGUAUCCCCCGCUGAACCCUCCUGACCAGAGACUCUAUCAGACUGAGGAAGAGGGGUCAAAGGGGAAGGGAUAGGUUACGGAGAGGUUAAGCCAUCUCCAUGGAAACCUCGGCACUCCCAACGGAAGUGAAAGAGACGUCCAAAACUCCUCUUACCAUCCCCAUCUCUCAUUGAAUUGUGUUUUAUUGUGUGUGAUUCUCAGAUGAACUUGCCUACAUUCCAGUCAAUACCGUACUGUACUGUGUAAAGUUAUGCUUUGUUUAGCAAUAUGACUUUUUUUAACCGGUGUAAAGUUAAAACCACAACAACAACAGCUCCACCGUGAUACGAGGGCAGGACUCCUAGUCCGAUUAUUAUGACUUUUCUUUACAAUGUGAUCCUGAGUCAGGCUUACACGUUGAGAGAGGAGGGAGUGCCUCUGUCUGCAUCCAUGUCACACCUCUGACACUUUCUUCUUGCAAUGCACUGAUGUUUUGUGUGUGUCCAUAUUUUACCAUAACCACUACACCAGUGUUUCACAAACUCUGUCCUGGGGACCAGCGGGGUUACAUGUUUUGGUUUUUGCUCUAGCAUUACACAGCUGAUUCAAAUAAUCAAAGCUUGAUGAUUUGUUGAUUAUUUGAAUCAGCUGUGUAGGGCAAAAAGGGCAAAACCCCAUACGAGAUUGUCUUGGGAUCCCCAGGACCUAGUUUGAGAAACCCUGUACUAGGCUCUGUCCUGGUCAUGAUGAGUGAACGUGCUACUGUACAAGGGAGUUCUUGGAGCGUUCUCGGGAACGUCAAGAGGAUGUCUAAAUCUCUGUUAGUAUUCCAACAGGAGAGCACAAGGCAACAGGUUUUGACAGUGGGUAUGAGAACAGUUCAAUUUACCAAACAUAUACUUGAUUUUUAACUCUGUAAAGAAUGGAAUAGACCCACUGGGCAAUAACUGAAUUCAACAACAACAAAGAAAUCUAUGUGAUGACGUUGAAUCAACGUGGAAACUGAUUGGAUUUGCAAGAAGUCAGCAACGUCAGGGAAUUCUGUAUUUUUUUCCCCCAAACUUUUUUAAUCUAAAUCCAAUGACAUGGUGACAUUUUUUGUUGAUUUCUCAUUGAAUUCAUAUUAUUUGACAACUCAAUCAAAUGUAAAUCAAAACAAGGCAACAGUAAACAUGUUGUCCCCACUAAUGAUGCUGCACCCCCUUGGGCCAAUUAGUAACAACAAUUCAAGCUCAAACGGGACAGGAGAUAUGCUUGUUCAAUGUUUGGAAUGUCAGUUAAAUACUAUAGUGCUGUUCCCUAUGUGAAAAGACUAUCUGUGAAGUGAAAAUGGCAGUUAACGUCUGUUAGUGCCAGACAGUCAAGUCAUGGCCUUGUCCAGUUCGUGUGUCACAUACCUUACUUUGACUUCAAAGGGUUCAGGGACAUUUACUUACGCUUUUAAUAUUUAUCUGUGUGUUUGUUAUAUUGUGUUACACACCUUCUAUGAUUCUACAAGCCUUUCUGGUGAGCUACAGCAGCUGUAAAAAGCUAUUUGGUGCACCAUUUGCUGAACUGAAAUGCUAGGCUAUGCUAAUGCUAGGCAGUAAAACUGGUCGUGUCUUUAGUAAGGUGCUUCCUUCCUAACAUUAUCCUGCCAUCUUUAUCUACCUGUAUAAUACCUCUACAUUUUAUUUCAGUUAUUUAUUUUUUUAUCAUGUGCUCAAUGUUUUUACCUAUGUGUUCGCUUCCAAACUGCUUUCAGUAUUCUGUGUUCUGUAAAUGUUUUUGGUGUGUUGCCAUACGCUUGACAUUUUGCCAACUAUGUUCAGACUGCACUAAGCCCUCACACCUUGGAGGCACACUUUGUGUUACACUUCACUUGGAGAACAUGUUUGAGUAUGAGGUGGAGGGGGAAAAAGUAUCUGAAAGUCCAUACAGUGGGGCAAAAAAGUAUUUAGUCAGCCACCAAUUGUGCAAGUUCUCCCACUUAAAAAGACGAGAGGCCUGUAAUUUUCAUCAUAGGUACACCUCAACUAUGACAGACAAAAUGAGAAAAAGAAAUCCAGAAAAUCACAUUGUAGGAUUUUUUAUGAAUUUAUUUGCAAAUUAUGGUGGAAAAUAAGUAUUUGGUCACCUACAAACAAGCAAGAUUUCUGGCUCUCACAGACCUGUAACUUCUUCUUUAAGAGGCUCCUCUGUCCUCCACUCGUUACCUGUAUUAAUGGCACUUGUUUGAACUUGUUAUCAGUAUAAAAGACACCUGUCCACAACCUCAAACAGUCACACUCCAAACUCCACUAUGGCCAAGACCAAAGAGCUGUCAAAGGACACCAGAAACAAAAUUGUAGACCUGCACCAGGCUGGGAAGACUGAAUCUGCAAUAUGUAAGCAGCUUGGUUUGAAGAAAUCAAUUGUGGGAGCAAUUAUAACGAAAUGGAAGACAUUCAAGACCACUGAUAAUCUCCCUCGAUCCGGGGCUCCACGUAAGAUCUCACCCCGUGGGGUCAAAAUGAUCACAAGAACAGUGAGCAAAAAUCCCAGAACCACACGGGGGGACCUAGUGAAUGACCUGCAGAGAGCUGGGACCAAAGUAACAAAGCCUACCAUCAGUAACACAACCACGCCGCCAGGGACUCAAAUCCUGCAGUGCCAGACGUGUCCCCCUGCUUAAGCCAGUACAUGUCCAGGCCCAUCUGAAGUUUCUUCUCAUUUUGUCUGACAUAGUUGAAGUGUACCUAUGAUGAAAAUUACAGGCCUCUCUCAUCUUUUUAAGUGGGAGAACUUGCACAAUUGGUGACUGACUAAAUACUUUUUUGCCCCACUGUAUAUCCUUUAAAUACCAUAUUAAAUCAAGCACUUAGUAUUCUUUGUCUGAUCUAUUGUAUCUAAGUCCACUUCCCCACUUUUGUAACGUUGCAUGUGUGAUACCUCCCUGAGCUCAGGAAGGUUGGAGACUUUAUUCGUGUUAACUUCCUCUGACUCCAUUGCCUUCCCACACUGUCUUCUGCAAGGCCAAAUGUCGUACUGUGUGUCACUAGAGACCAGUACGUAGGUCUCUGUUGUCCUACUGUGUUUACAUGCCAAAUGGAAGCAGCCGAGAGGAUAAUGAUGAUGAUCAAGAUCAUAUAUUGAUAAUGAUGAAAGUGGACUUGUUGACGAUAAUAAUGAGGAAGAUGUGAACAUGUGCCAUGUACAUACUAUGUAUCACUCUGAUGUGAUGUUUGUUUGAGCUCUUUUGUUCUCUCUCUCUUUCCCUUCUAUCAACUCAUACUGUCUGCCUCUAACCUGUCUCCGUAGGUGCCUGUGAAAAUGUACAUUAGUCAUGGCCAGUCAAACUGGACCUCCAUGUAACAAAGUAUUUUACUUCAAUAAAACAUUUUUUCUUUA